UCUUCCUUAAUCUUUUGAAUUUCUUGAGUAAUAAUGGCUGAUACAUCUUCCAAAUCAGCAAUUUCCCCUUUGGAAGACCCCUUUUCACCUUAUUUUGUUCAUCACACCAAACAUCAUGGUUCGGUGGUGAUAAAUCCCAAAUUGUCAACUGAGAACUAUAUUUCUUGGAGUCGUUCAUUUCUUUUGGCACUCUCAAUUCGAAAUAAAACUGGUUUUUUGGAUGGAACAAUUACACGACCAAAACUUGGGGAUGCACUUUUUGUGCCUUGGAGUAGAUGUAACAACCUAAUUGUGGCCUGGCUGUUAGAGUCUUUGACACCAGAAUUAGCCUCCACAGUAUUUUACAUGAAUACUGCACAACAAAUUUGGGAAACUUUGAAGGAAAGGUUUAGCCAACCAGAUGAUACUCGUAUUUGCAAUUUGCAAUAUUCAUUGUGCAGUAUAACUCAAGGAACUAGGUCAAUCAAUUCUUACUUUUCAGAGCUGAAUUCUUUGUGGGAAGAAUUCCGUAACUACAGACCCUUACCUUAUUGUGAUUGUGGAGGGUGUAAGUAGAAUUGUUAUAAGAAGUUCACUGAUCUAUAUCACAAGGAUUGUGUUUUUCGAUUUCUGAAUGGAUUAAAUAGCUCAUAUACGGCAUUGAGGUCACAAAUUUUGCUGUUAAAGCCAUUUCCAACCUUGAAUGAAGCCUAUAACUUGGUACUUCGUGAGGAAUCUCAGAGGUCUUUGUUAAUGCAGUCUCAGCCAUUAAUAGAUGCUUCUGCUAUGGCGACUAUUUCAGAUGAUAAGAAGAAACCAACUGGUAAUCUUGUUUGUAACUAUUGUGGAAAGAAGGGCCAUACAAAGGAUAAGUGCUAUAGGCUUGUGGGUUUUCCUGAAAAUUUUAAAUUCACUAAGCGCAAGGGUAAUUUCAGGAAGAAAGUUGCAUAUACUGAUAGUGUUGUUAUUGCUACUUCAGAGGGUCAAGAUGAUGAUUCUACUACUGAUCCUGUUUCACAAAUUUCUUUAACAAAGGGUCAAUUUCAAACCUUGAUGGCAAUGAUCACUGAACAUGGAGGACAAGCAAAUGAGAAUGAACCACCUACAUUCACUCAACACAACAACAAACCUUCUCUUGUGAACUCAACUUUUGCAGGUAUGGUUUCCAAUCCAAUUUGUUUGUCUGCUAUUAAUUCUGUUUUGAAUUCAUAUAAAUUCUUAUUGAAAAAUGACACUUGGAUAUUAGACACGGGAGCCACGGAUCAUAUAGCUUGUUCUUUGCAUUUGUUUAAGUCUUAUAAACCAGUUAGGAAUUUGUUUGUUCACAUGCCUAAUAAAAGUAAAGCCAUUGUUUCUCAUAUUGGAACAGUACAAUUGUCCAAUAAUUUGAUCCUUGAUAAUGUUCUUUUAGUACCUUCCUUCAAUUUCAAUUUGUUCUCUGUGAAUAAAUUUACACAGCAAAAGAAACAUAUCCUCAUUUUUACUGAUAAUCAUUGCUUAAUCCAGGACAUCAGUUCAUGGACAAUGAUGGGUCAUGCUAAAGCCAUAGCUGGGUUGUAUAUCUUGCAGAAAGAUUUGAAUGCACAAUUGUCAAAAAAGUCUGCUAAAGUUUCACCAAAUAAAUUUUCCAGUGUUCCUUUUCAUUUACAAAAUGUUUGUUCAAUGCCUUUGAAGUCUGUCACUACUUGUACAACUUUGAAUAAUGAUUUUGAUAUAUGGCACUUUAGGUUAGGCCAUGUAUCAACACAAAGGUUGAAAAUGAUUCAUGAUACUUGUAGUGAUGUGAAUUUCAAGGAAAAUUUUCAAUGCAACAUUUGUCUUUUAGCAAAACAAAAGAGACUUUCUUUUCCAUUGCAUAUAAAAAAAUACAACAUUACCUUUUGAAGUAAUUCAUGUUGACAUAUGGGGGCCUUAU